CCCAUCUUUCACACAGAUCACCGAGAUGAAGGUUAACAUUAAUUAAGGUGCAUGCUAUGGCUUUCUCAAGGAGCUGUCCCAUCUCUGCGCUUCCAGGUUCUUUCUUUACCCAGCUGGUAUGUUUAGAGACUGCCACGAUCAAGCUUGUGAUCUGGGACACUGCAGGACAGGAGAAGUACCAUGGUGUUUGCCAUCUUUAUUACAGAGGGGCGAAUGCUGCCCUUCUUGUAUUUGACAUAGCCAGAAAGGCAACUUUUGCGAGAGCAAAGCUAUGGUUGAGGGAAUUAGAGAAGGAAUUUCUUCCCGAUGAGCUCGUGAUUGUUUUAGUCGGCAAUAAGAUAGAUCUUGCUGCUCAGCGGGAAUUCACCUUUGAGGAGGCGGAGGAGUUUGCAAAGAGUGAAAGCUUAAUCUACAUGGAAACGUUGGCAAAAUCCAACCACCAAGUGACCGAGGUGCUUAUGGCCAUAGCUCCCGAGUUAUUGAAAUAGGAACAACAGAAGGAACCAGCCCCUCAGCCUCAGCCCUGGAAGAAGUCACGCGUGGACCUGCGAGAGCCAAGCAAUCACACUAAGAAGUGUUGCAUGAACUAAAGGAAAUGGCAGACUGACCUAAGUUACUGACCUGCUUAAAACACUGAAGUGGUUCAGAAAUAGACAGAUGUCUUCAGCCUAGGAAAUAAAUGACCAAGGAGUCAUGCGUGAGGAGUCAACACAAGUAUAACAGAUGCAUUCUGGAACCUUGGGAGAGACGGACUCUGAGCACUGAGGCUUCUUCACACCCCUUAUGGCACAAUUUCCACCGUGCUUCUUACAUUCUCGUUUAAAUUGAUGGCAACCAUGCAGCCGAACAUACCGGGCAUGGGAGUCAAAACUCCUCACCAGUGCUUCCCCGUGCAACUGGCACACUCUCACUGCAUCGCCCUCACCAUUCAAGUGGAGUGUGGACAUUUAAAAGACGGUCACUGGAGCCGAUGCACUAGGAAUGAGAGUGGGAUCUGGCUGCAGGUUCUGCUGCAUUUGUCCAUUGCCCCAUUUGGACAAAGACAGACUUUUGGGCAGUCCACACCCCACUGCUGCAGGACAUGGCCCGGGGACACCAGUUAAUGUGCAGAUGUUUAGGUGGUAACUCUGAGUAUCAGUGGAAGAACAGCAUUCCCACCCAGCCCAUUUCUAGUUCCUACGGCUCCUGGGAGGCUCAAGUGUCAUGUAGUUGACCUCUCAAUGACAGUGAUGGCACCUGUGGCUGUUCUAGCUUGAGCAGAGUGCUCAGUUCAAUCAAAAGGCCAUUUCCCCCUGAAAAGUGCGAGACCUGAACAUCCAAGCCAGGCUCUGAAAAUCAAAGGGCUUUUUACAUCAGCAAUAAAGAUUCUGCCAUCAGGACGUCCAGAAUUUGGCAAUUCUGCUGCUGAUACAACAGACAGAAGAGAUUCCACCUUGCUUUUCCAGAGCUGGCUCAAUCUGCAGUGGGAACUUCAUGCAAAAACUGGGUCAGCGAAGGAAGCAGGUGUGACCUAAGACACACAGGGCACAGUUUUUAACACCGAGCGCACCCAGCUGCGGGUGCCUAACUUCAUGCACAAUCACCAUCCUUGCGGGUGAUAAUACGAUCAGAAACUGAACACAUAAUUUUACUCUUUUCUGGCUUCCCCACUUUUUAUUCCAAUUGGGUUUUACUAGAGGUUUCAUGGGUCUUAAACGAUGAGGUUAAUAUCUGAGUAUAAAUGCACAGGCUAGAUGCCUAACAUGUCCAGUGUUGUUUUCUUCAACCGCCUGGAAUUCAGGAGCUAACCGAGCAUGUACAACCUACAAGGGAUGAGAGGUAUUGUUUCAGAUGUUCUUAGCAUCGGCAGCAGACUCAGACAAAGUCAGUUUUCCUUUGCAGGCCUUUUGAAAAUUCUAAGGCUCUGAACUCAAUCGACAGAAAAUACCUGUUUUGCCAUGCAAACAACAUUGUAGUAGCGGUUAUAGUUCAGUCACGGGAAAACAGAAUUAGAAGCCAUUUGGAUAUAAGCUCAAAGGCUCGCACUGUGUAUGGACACUUGCCUUUCGUUGCAGGCUUCAUGUACUUUCAGCAAAGAGCACUUUAUGGGAAAUACUGUUUGCUGAACGUGUAACACUGCUCACAUGGAUGGAUAGUACACAGACAUUCAUGUGCAGAAAAACUCAUACCAAAAACUUCAAACAUGCGAACAAGCACAUUGCCACAGCACACAAGGGUCACUGCAUGAAAACACCUGGCUGCGUCCCCAAGAUAACGCAUCACACAAGCAAACAAAGAGUGGAGGAAAAACCAGUGGAUUCAAAUAAGGUGCAGUUCCAACCCCUUCCAGUUUACCUCUGGCUGCGAGUGUGUGGCUGGCACACAGACAUGCUAAAGUACUUACUGUGUGUCAAGCAGGAGUUCUGGAGUGCGAUGCUGCUUCCUUCCUCCAAUGAUUGGACUCUGUGAGCCAAAGA